ACAGUUACAAUCGCACCAUACAAGGUGGCUGCUGGGCCACCACAGGCGCGAAUGCGGCAUCCUCAGCGCCGAUAGUUGCAGCUACAGCUCAUGUUAUAGUUCAUUGACAAACGGUCCAGUAGCCAUACUUACCGGUAAUAAAUGCGCCAUCAAGCGCACGGCGAUGGAGACCCCCGCCAGCGGCGGGCGCGCAUCCUCUGCUUGCACGGGAGCCGGCAGGAUGGGGAGCUGUUCAGCCAGCGGCUCAAGAUCCUAGCCCGCAAGCUGGCGGGCAUAGCGGACCUGCAUUUCGUGUCAUCGCCGCACGAGCUGCCUCUCAGUCCGGGCCAGAGCGUGGCUAUGCGGUCCUGGUGGCGGCAUUGGAACCUGCCCACACACGACCAGGAUGAGAGCGAGCAGGGCCAGGAGGAGGACAGCGACGAAGGGCAGGAUGGCGCUCCCAAGUCGGUGCAGCCAGGCAUCUUAAAGCAGAACGGGUCGGCAGCGCGCAGCGUAACCGCGCCGGCGGCGCCGGCGGCGGCGCCGCCGGCGGGCUGGGAUGAGGUGGUGGCGGGCGACUGGCGGGCGUCACUGGCGGCGCUGGCGGCGGAGUGGCGGGCGGCGGGACCGUUCGACGGGCUGUUGGGCUUCUCCAAUGGCGCGGCGGCGGCGCUGCUGCUGGCGUGCCACGCCGUGUCCGACCCGGCGGCCUUCCCCGGGCUCAAGUUCGUGGUGUGUGCGGGCGGGUACGUGCCGCAGCCCCUGCAGCGCCUGGCGCCCCCCGCCAUGACCACACCAGCCCCCGCCGCCGCCGCCGCCACCGCCGCCGCUGCUGCCGAGGCGCGCCUGGCGGCGCCGCUGCCGCUGCCGUCGCUGCACUUUGUCAGCCGGUCCGACGUGGCAGUGCCGUACGACGACUCGAUGGCACUGGCGGGCUGCUUCGACGGCGGGCGCCGUACGGUGCUGGAGCACGGGCUGGGGCACGCGCUGCCUCAGAAGGCGGAGCACACGGCGGCGGUGAUGGACUUCGUGCGGCGCGUGCUGGGCAUGCCGCCGGGGUCGGGCCCCGGCGCGGGAUCCGGGGCCGCAGGCGGCGGCCGCGGAGCAGCCGCAGCAGCCAAGUCCCCGGCGGCACAGUCACCAGCAAAGCCGGCGGCGGCGGCGGCAGUAACACCAGCGGCGGCGACCGCUCCGCCCGCGGCUGCAGCCAGAGCGCCGGCAGCCAAGGCGCCUGCACCACCGCCUGCACAAGCGCCGGCAGCCACGGCGCCUGCGGCACCAGCGCCUGCGCCACCAGCGCCUGCAGCCCCGGCCCCGGUGGUGGUUGAGGCUGUGGAGGCGACUGAGGAGCAGCGGGAGGAGAUGGAUGCACUUGAGGCCAUCUUCAUGGACGAGUACCGGCCCCACUCCACCGCCCCGCCGCGCUUCACCAUCCACCUGCGGGAGCCGGGGGCAGGCAGCGACGGCGAGGGCGCGGCCGGGUCAAGCGGCGCCGGGCCGCCCUCGCGCCUGUUCUCCCUCACCUUCACGUUACCGGCGGGGUACCCGAGCAGUCAGCCGCCGGUCAUCGCGUUUACAGGCCCGCUGGGCGGCAACGACCCGCGCCGCCACGCUCUGGCCGCCCACCUGGCCGCCACCGCGCAGGAGGCAGUGGACAGCUCGGGCGCAGGCUGCGUGUUCCAGGUGGUGGAGGCGGCGAAGGAGUGGAUUGACACCAACCUGCCUGCAGACAUAGGCGAGCGCCGGGAAGCAGGCGGCGCGGGCGGCAGCUUGGGGGUCAUGGCGGCGCCGGGCGCGCACGCGGCGGCGUCGGCAGCAGCAGCCGGGGCGGCACCGGCGGGGUCGGCAGCCGUGGGUGCCAGUGGUAUGGGGGCCGGCGGCAGUGGCGCGGCGGCAGCAGGCUGCGGCAGCGGUGGCCGCAUGAGCCCGGCUGCUGCGGCGGCGGCGGUCGCGGCGGCGGCUCAGAACUCCGGCGUGCUCAAUCUCGGCUGGGGCGCCACUGCUCUCGGCAUCUCCACCGCCACGGGCGCCAAGGACAAGUGGUGGGAGCGCGAGGACGCGGACGGAGAGCUCAUCCGGGCGGCGGUGGCGGAGGCGGCGGCCAGCGCGCCCUGGCGCACCGGGCGGCAGGAGGCGCUGGAGCUGGCGGAGGGGGACGAGGAGGCGGCGGCGGCGCUACAGUGGGGCGCGGACGCCGGGGAUGCCGCCGCGGACGCCGCCGCCGCCGCCAGCAGCUCCGGCGCCGCGGAGUGGACCCAGCGCGGGCGAUGGGACUAUGUGGUGGGGCUGGUGGGCAAGCCCAGUGCGGGCAAGAGCACCUUCUUCAACGCCAUUGUGGACCCUGUGACGGACGAGGACGGCGCGCGAGUGGCCGCCUUCCCCUUCACCACCAUCCAGCCAAACGUGGGCCGCGGCUACGUGCUCAUGCCCGACCCCGCGCCGCUGCUGGGACUGGCGCCACAGGACUGCAAGCCGCUGCACGGCUACGCCGAGUCCUUCUGUCUGGAGGCCGCCGCCGCCGACCACCGCACCACCAACAUCGACCCGCUGCGGCGCUGGGUGGGCGGCGCGGGCUGGGCGGCGCCGGGGCGGCCGCUGCUCUGGCGCAAGGUGCCCAUCGUGAUCAAGGAUGUGGCUGGGCUGGUUCCGGGCGCCUACCAGGGGCGCGGCCGUGGCAACGCCUUCCUCAACGACCUGUGCGAUGCAGACGUGCUGAUCCAUGUGGUUGACGCCAGCGGCACCACCGACCGCGAGGGGCAGCUGGUGGACACGGACGCCGCGGCGGCGGCCGAGCAGCAGGAGCAGCAGGCGGCGGCGGGCGACAAGAAGCCCACAGCGCGCGGCGGCGACCCGCUAGACGACGUCGGCUGGGUUCGUGAGGAGCUGCACCGCUGGGUGUACGACAACGUGCGCGCCAAGUGGACCUUCGUGCUGCGCAAGCCCUCGCGCCUGCCCGAGCUGUUCAGCGGCUACCACGCCAGUCGGGCGCUGGUGGCGGAGGUGCUGUCCAGGGUGGGCGUGUCCGUGGGCGCACUGGUGGUGGAGGGCUCCAGCCUGGCGCACUGGUCGGAGGCGCACCUGCACAGGCUGGUGGCGCACUUCCUGCAGGCCAGGUUCCCCAUCCUGCUGGCGCUCAACAAGGCUGACAUGGCUUCCUCGCCCGAUCACAUCCACCGGGUGCGGGCGGCGCUGCCACACGACCCCGCGGUGCCCGUCAGCGCCGCCACCGAGCGCUGGCUGUGCAGCGGCCGCCGGGCCGGGCGGGUGGUGUACGCGGACGGCGCCGCUGCCGUGACAGCGCUGGACCAGUCGCCGGAGCUAGCGCAGCAGCUCGCCAAGGUCCAGUCGGCGGUGCUGGACAAGUACGGCGGCACGGGGGCGGCGCUGGCGCUGGCGGCAGCUGUGGCCAUGCGACCGCCGCGGCCCAUGUACCCGGUCUCAGAGCUGGAGACCUACGCAGCGCUGGCGGCGCGGGGCAUUGCCAGCGCUGCGGGCGGGCUGCUGGGCAGUGGGCUGGACGCCAAGGCGCGCGCCGCGGAGGGCGCCACCCCGGGCGUGCUGCGCGACUGUGUGCUGCUCAAGCCCGGCAGCCACAUCGUGGACCUGUUCGAGGUACUGAAGCGGCCGCCCUACCAGCUGCUGGAGGGCGACUUCGUGCGCGCCGAGUGCAGCGCCCUCACGUCAGCCGAGGCGGCGGCGGCCUCGGCAGCCGCGGCACGGCAGCAAGCAGCAGCAGCAGGGGAUGGGGGCGCGAGCACGCACCAGCACACGGGGCUAGCGGCCCAGACGUGGCGGGUGGUGAAGAAGGACGAGGUUUUGGACUGGGGCAGCUGUGUGGCACGAAUCAUGACCAACCGGCGCAGCAACUGGCAGCACUCGCACGCGCCCAAGGCAAAAUAAUGAUGUGGACUUGCGGGUUGGGUUUGAAUGCUGUUUGGAAUUGCCGUAUGCUUGGGCGGCAAGUGGAUGGGCCAUGUGCGGGCGGGGGGGGGCGACGCGAGUGCGGGUGGGUGUGCGUGUGAGCGUGUGGGAAUUUGCUAUGUGAUACGAGGAAUGAGAGAGCGCAGUGCUGAAGCGGAUGCGCUUGACGUACGACAAAAGGCAGGCUGUGGACAUGAUGGCGGAGUCAGGAUUGCACGUGACCUUGCGUGGGAACCCAGUGUUGGAAUGUAUGCCAGGACUCAGGAGGCACAACGUGCAAGACCAAUGCGCACAGGACUGAAACGGGGCACCACAGCACAUUACAGGGCAGAGUGCUAGAGUCACGAAGUAAUGAGUAAUAAUGGUGCCUUAGGGCCCAAGGGCCCAAACCGCCUGUUCAAGGCUUGUAGCCUGGAACGUGGAAGCGUGCAAUCACAGAUUGUAAGGCAUUCAGUUC